AUGAUGGACCAUGUUUUGUUUACAAGGAAAGAAACUAAAUCCAGAAGGCGCAUUAACACUUGUCUUUUAAGGCAUUCAUGCGCAGAACUCCGAUGGAGGAGUAGGAACUUUCUUCAGUGGGCGGACUAUGGAUCUUUUCCACAGUUAACGAAUCGGAGGCAGUGGAGACUUUAUAAGUAA